AUGUUUGUCCCUUUCUUCACCAAACGAGCGUCAAAGAGAGAGCUUGAACGUCGUAAAGGUGGUGGCGGUCGUGGUGGCGGUUCAAGCGCAGGGGGAUCCCGAGGUGGCAGCUCAAGUUCUUCAUCUGGGGGUUCAAGUAGGAGUUCAGGCAGCGUCGGCGGCGGUUCGAGCGGCAGAUCGUCCACUGUGUCGACGGGAUCUGGUACCCGUGGGGUGAGUUCCGCUGGAAAUGGUGGUGGGCGAGUCGCAUCAAUACCCGCCGGACAACCAUUCGCAGGUCGCUCAGUUGGAGGAGGGACAAGGCAACAAGUAGUUGGCUCUGCGCAAUACGGAAGUGGGUAUCCUGGUGUAGCAGGCCGUGGCGUUGCAGGCCGUGGCUUCCCCUUCUACUUCUGGCCCGUCGCUUGGGGAGGAGCUGCUGGUGCAGGGACGGGCGCCUACUUACACACCAAUGAAUAUGGUCGACACGAUAAUUCCAGUCGUCCAGGCGGGGCUCAGGUUACAGCAACCUUCAUAUCAAACUCCAAUGGUACAAACACCUUCCGCCUGAUGUCAGACACUGCAACGGUGACAUCGCUGAUCGAGGGCAUCCGGGGCAAUUGUUCAUCGUCGCUUGCAGCCAAUAGCUCAACAUCGUCAUCUGCCUUCGAUCCCAACGGGUUACCCAAGCCAGAACAAACUGUUCAAUACUAUCGUGCCAGCAGUGUCGCUCUCACGUUCGACGGCUACAAUAAUACUGGUGCGCUUGCCGGCGAAGGGACGCCUGAUACGCCUCUACCCGCCGGGCUCGACGCCACUCUGCUCAAUUGCCUGAAUGCAACAAUAAUUAACAAUGUACCCUUGGUGGAUGCUGCGGACAUACGGUGGUCGGCACCAAGCAUCGCUCUACUGCCCUUAUUCUGGAUUGCAUGGUUCAUAUCUGCGCGCCUCUAA